AUGGUGGUGCCAGCUGCAGAACUUUUUAUAUUCCUCAGUCUCUUCUGCAGCAAUCUUGGCUCAUUUGCUGCUCUGGAUAACUGUGUUUUCUUGGGGGAAGAGGAGAAAAACAGUCUGUAUGAAGAUGGAGAUGUAGUUAUAGGAGGCUUAUUCCCUCUGCAUUACAGCCCUGUGUCUUCUCUUCACACAUACAAAACAAAACCAGCACCUAAUAUGUAUAAAUAUUUCAGUUCUCGUGCUUUACGCUGGAUGCAGACCAUGACUUUUGCAAUCAAAGAGAUCAACCAGCGCAGGGACCUCCUGCCACAGCUCAAGCUUGGUUUCCACAUCCAUGACAGCUGUGAUGACAUACCUGUGUCUCUGAGAGCAUCUUUGCUGUUGGUGAACGGACAGCCAGAGACAGGCACUAGAGUUGAGAGCUGUGCUGCUGUACAAAGUACUGUGUCCCCAGUAAUCAUAGGAGAUGCUGCUUCUGGGGUGUCGAUGGCCCUGCUAAGAAGCCUGGGUUCUUUCCAUAUCCCCCUGGUGAGCUAUUUUGCAUCUUGCAGCUGUCUGAGUAACCAAAGGGAGUUCCCCACAUUCAUGCGCACCAUGCCCAGUGAUGCCUUUCAGAUUAAAGCCCUGGCCCAGCUGGUGAGCUAUUUUGGCUGGACCUGGGUGGGAGUCAUUGGAGUGGAGACUGAUUAUGCUCGCUUUGCCAUCCAGCUUUUCCUGCAAGAGUCAGUGCAGUAUGGUGUGUGUUCUGCCUACACUCACUUCUACCCUGUAGUACUGAGUCAGCAGGCUCUAGAUGAGCUUCUAGAUGUUAUUCAGAUGUCUUCUUCGAAGGUCAUCAUUAACUUCAGUAGUGAGUCAGAGAUGGAAGUCAUUCUAAGAGAGAUCCGACAUUGGAAUAUAACCGGCCUGCAGUGGAUCGCCAGUGAAGCUUGGGCCACUGCCAUUUCUCUCUGGGAAAAGUUUGGAGAUCUGCUGACAGGAACACUAGGAUUUGCCAUCCGCAGAGCUGAUGUGAUUCCAGGGCUCAAACAACACCUCGCUGGACUUAGACCAUCCAAUAUUCAUGAAUCAGCUUUUUUGACAGAAUUUUGGGAAGAGCUGUUUAACUGCCGAUUGAACGGGUCAAUGAAUGUCCACUCACAUGGAGGCAACAACUACCUCGACAGAUUGCCAUGUAAAGGGACAGAGAAUUUAAAUGAUGUUUACUCUCCUUAUUAUGAUGUGACACAGCUAAGAGUGUCCUAUAAUGUCUACAAGGCUGUGUAUGUGGUGGCCCAUGCCUUGCAGGAUAUGAGUAACUGCAAAAUUCGACAGGGGCCUUUCCAUAAUGGUGCCUGUGCAGACCCAAAGACUGUUAAACCUUGGCAGCUAAUGCACUACAUGAAGCAUGUUAAUUUUUCUGCACUGGGUGAGAAAGUCAACUUCGAUCAAAAUGGUGACCCCAUUGCUUAUUACGAUCUCUUAAACUGGCAAAGGAGGCCUGACGGAUCACUACAUUUGGUAAAAGUAGGUUUCUAUGACGCUUCCUCACCUGGACGGAGCCUGUUCAUAAAUGACUCAGUGAUUCAGUGGCCUGUUGGGAAGCAGGCUUCCUGGUCUGUAUGCAGCGACAGUUGUCCUCCAGGUUACCGCAUCACCAGGAGAAAGGGGGAGCCUAUCUGCUGUUUUGACUGUGUCCCCUGUGCUGAGGGAGAAGUUAGUAAUGAGACUGAUUCUCUAGAGUGCUCACGCUGCUCAGAGGACACAUGGCCCAAUAAAGUCAGAGAUCACUGCAUCCCAAAGACUAUUGAGUUCUUGUCCUACUUUGAGUCGAUGGGUAUUGUGCUGUGUGUUGUAUCUGUUGUUGGAGCAUGUAUUUGUCUCUCUGUCCUUGCCAUAUUCUUCACAUACAAAGACACUCCACUGGUUCGGGCCAACAACAUGGAAUUGAGCUUCCUACUCUUGGUGUUUCUUGCUGUCUGUUUCCUUGUUGGCCUGUUGUUCAUUGGCAAGCCUUCAGACUGGCUUUGCUUCUCUGCCAAAUACAAUACCUACAGCUUCAUGGAGGACACAACCAAAGAGAUCAUCCUCUUUGAGUUAGUGCAGGUGACCAAGGCAUCCAGCUCUGCAGCUAUGGAGCCAGUGGGGUUUCGGAGAUGGCUGGAUUAUCUCCUGGAGGAAGGUGUGGAGGUGGAGGUGGUGACCACCGACAGAUCACCAUCUAUAAGGAAGAUAAUGCGGGAGGAUUACCCAGAUAUUCAUCAUGAGUUUGACAUCUGGCACGUUGUCAAGGGGCUCAUGAAGAAAUUACUGGCAGUGUCCAACCGAAAGGACAAUCGUGACCUUCAGCCUUGGAUCAAAUCCAUUUGCAACCACUUGUGGUAUGCUUGUGCAUCUUGUGGAGGUGACCCAGAGGAGGAUGGAGGAGAGAAGACAUGCCAGCAUGCUGACCUCAGUCCAGAGCAACAGAGAAGAAAGAGGUGGAUAAAGAAAGACUCCCCUGCCUUCAAAAUCCUAUCAUCCAUUGCCCUGGACAAGGGUCUAAUGAAGGACCUGACACACAUGGCUCUUUUCAAACAUACAGGCAAGCUUGAGGUGUUCCAUGCAUCGCUACUCAAGUACACAGAGAAGAGACUGCAUUUCCACUACUCUUCCAUGAGAGCUCGCACACAGCUUGCCAUAAUGGACCACAUUGAAAAUGUUCAGCGUGAACAGGCCACCACAGCUUCCGGGCGUCCAAGAUUCAGUGUGGUUUUCCCCAAAGCAACAAAAGAUAGGGUUGCCAGAAAGAUCUACCUGCCUACAACCCAGACCUUUCGGCAAAAUUUGGUGGUCGAAGCUCUCCAGCGACGCUGGGACUCUUCUGUCAAGUUCAAGGACCCCACAUCCCUCCAGCCCAGCCCUAACCCAGCCCAGCACAAACUCAGCCCAGUCCAGCCCAAAGCCCAGCACAGUCCAGAAGAGCCCCACCCAGUCCUAACCCUGUCCAGUCCAGAAUAG